AUGCAACUCGCUGACAUGUUGACGGUAACUUGUGCUGCUGCUGCAACGGUGCCAAGGGCAGCACAGAGGGACGAGGGCAGCACAGAGGGACGAGGGCACCACAGAGGGACGAGGGCUGCACAGAGGGACGAGGGCAGCACAGAGGGACGAGGGCAGCACAGAGGGACGAGGGCAGCACAGAGGGACGAGGGCUGCACAGAGGGACGAGGGCAGCACAGAGGGACGAGGGCAGCACAGAGGGACGAGGGCAGCACAGAGGGACGAGGGCACCACAGAGGGACGAGGGCUGCACAGAGGGACGAGGGCAGCACAGAGGGACGAGGGCUGCACAGAGGGACGAGGGCACCACAGAGGGACGAGGGCAGCACAGAGGGACGAGGGCAGCACAGAGGGACGAGGGCAGCACAGAGGGACGAGGGCACCACAGAGGGACGAGGGCUGCACAGAGGGACGAGGGCAGCACAGAGGGACGAGGGCUGCACAGAGGGACGAGGGCACCACAGAGGGACGAGGGCUGCACAGAGGGACGAGGGCAGCACAGAGGGACGAGGGCAGCACAGAGGGACGAGGGCAGCACAGAGGGACGAGGGCAGAACAGAGGGACGAGGGCAGCACAGAGGGACGAGGGCACCACAGAGGGACGAGGGAGACCUUUCCUGGAAUAUUAAUCUGUCUGAAAAUGAAGACAAUUGUGUCCCUGGAGCGGGCGGUUAUGUCGUAAAUUACCGCACCUUCACCGGCAAGAUUUCAGAGAAUUAG